CACCUCCUCCAGAAGUUGUUAAAACGCCAAGUUUAGAAGAGGUAUCUGUCCCAUCUGGUCGACCGUCUCCAUAUGAAGAUAUUGAAAUAUCCAACAUUCGUGCUGUUAUCGCUAAACGACUUGGAGAAUCGAAGAGAACUAUACCACACUCUUACGCAGUUAUGGAUAUAAACAUCGACAAAUUACUCGAACUACGUGGAAAAUUAAAGACAGAGGAUAUAAGUGUGUCAGUUAACGACUUUAUUACCAAAGCUGUGGCUCAUGCACUUGUUGAAUGUCCUGAUAUAAAUACGUUAUAUCAAAAUGAACAGAUUGUUCGAGUUCCAAAAGUGGAUGUGUCUAUAGCAGUUGCUACAAAAAAUGGCCUGAUUACUCCAAUAGUAUUCGAUACUGCCACUAAAAGCUUAACAGAUAUUUCUAAAAAUAUUCGAGAAUUAGCCGAAAAAGCGAGGAAGGGACAACUCAAACCACACGAGUUCCAAGGAGGAACAUUUACAAUAUCGAAUUUGGGAAUGUUUGGCAUCAAAGAGUUUUCCGCUAUUAUAAAUCCUCCACAAACUGCUAUUCUUGCUGUAGGCGCGGGACGCGAAGAAUUGGAUUUGUCAUUAAUGAAGGUAACGAAAAUGUCAGUAAAACUAUCAUACGAUAGACGAGCGAUUGAUGAAGAUCAAGCGGCUAAUUUUUUGGCUAUUUUAAAAGCAACAUUAGAGGAUCCAAUUUUUCUCACAGCUGGCAGGGUACAAGCACUGAGGUACAAACGUGAUGCAUAUUAAUCACUCAUCAUUCUAAAUAAUUUCUUGUUUAGAGUGUUUAUUGCAAA